ACCUCCGCAGAAGACCCGAGCCCCAACACAGGCCCCGAGGAGAGUCGCUGGGGCCUGAGCAGUCUGAGGGGGCUGAUAGAGCCCAUGGUGACCAGGACCAGAGAGAGGUGGCAGUGGCUUUGGGGCUCUGGCACCUUCCGAGGCUUCAUACAGACCUACUAUGAGGACCACUUGAAAGACCUGGGUCCCCGCACCCAGGCGUGGCUCACCAGCUCCAAGGACAGCCUCCUGAACAAGACCCUCAGCCUGUGCCCCAGGCUGCUCUGCAAGAACCAGGCCCAGGACUAGCGUGCUCCUGCCGCCACCUGCCCACAAUAAAGAUUCCCUACCUGUGCCA